UCCCGCGCUGCCGCGCGCCAUGGGGGACUAGGCCUCUGAGUGAACCGCGGCCCGGGUCGCUCUGACCCCGGGCCCUGGGCGCGGGUGGCGGGCUGAGGUGGAAUCUGGGGUGUCGGCGAGCGGGCAGGGGCGCGAGGCGGCGGUGGCGGGGAGCCCAGGGACAUGCCGCUGUCGGACCAUGAGGAGGGGCCCGCGGUGGCGCCCGGGCACCCAGUUGCAAAGGGCUACCUGCUGGUGCCCCCAGGAGCCCCCGACCCGGAGGGACAUGGCGAGCAGAACGGGCCCAAGGCCCGCUGCCUGGCGCUGAAUGGGGUCUCCCAGCAGGGCGUGGACGCCGCCUCGGGGGCGCAGACACCGCGGGCCCCGGAAGAGGAGACGGAGACGCAGGCGCGGCUGCUGCCCAAGGACGCCGGCGCGGGAACCCCGGGCGGCGAGGGCGCAGAGCCGGCCCGGACGGCGCUGUCUGCGCGGCGCUUCGUGGUGCUGCUCAUCUUCUGCCUCUACUCGCUGGUGAACGCCUUCCAGUGGAUCCAGUACAGCAUCAUCAGCAACGUGUUCGAGGGCUUCUACGGGGUGUCGCUGCUCCACAUCGACUGGCUGUCCAUGGUGUACAUGCUGGCCUAUGUGCCGCUCAUCUUCCCGGCCACCUGGCUGCUGGACACGCGGGGCCUGCGCCUCACCGCCCUGCUGGGCUCUGGCCUCAACUGCCUGGGCGCCUGGGUCAAGUGUGGCAGCGUGCAGCGGCACCUCUUCUGGGUCACCAUGCUGGGCCAGUGCCUGUGCUCCGUGGCACAGGUCUUCAUCCUGGGCUUGCCUUCCCGCAUCGCCUCGGUGUGGUUUGGGCCCAAAGAGGUGUCGACAGCCUGUGCCACCGCCGUGCUGGGCAAUCAGCUUGGAACUGCAGUUGGCUUUUUGCUGCCACCCGUUUUAGUGCCCAACACACAGAAUGACACAGAUCGCCUGACUCGUAGUAUCAGCACCAUGUUUUAUGGGACCUCAGGUGUUUCUUCAUUUUUAUUUAUUUUAACAGCAAUUGCAUUCAAAGAGAAACCUCCGUACCCACCAAGUCAGGCUCAAGCAGCUCUUCAAAAUAGUCCUCCUGAAGAAUACUCCUAUAAGAAAUCAAUAAGAAACCUGUUUAAAAACGUACCUUUUGUCCUUCUGCUGAUCUCAUAUGGUAUCAUGACUGGAGCAUUUUAUUCAGUCUCAACAUUAUUAAACCAAAUGAUCCUGACAUAUUAUAAGGAUCAGGAAGUGAACGCCGGGAGGAUUGGGCUCACGCUAGUGCUGGCUGGGAUGCUGGGCUCCAUUCUGUGUGGCCUGUGGCUAGACUACACCAAAACAUACAAACAGACUACUCUGAUAGUUUACAUUUUAUCUUUUAUUGGAAUGAUUAUUUUUACUUUCACAUUGGACCUUGACUACAUUAUCAUCGUGUUUGUUACUGGAGGGAUUCUUGGCUUCUUCAUGACUGGCUACCUCCCGCUGGGGUUUGAAUUUGCUGUGGAAAUCACUUACCCUGAGUCCGAGGGCACUUCAUCUGGUCUUCUGAAUGCUGCUGCCCAGGUUUUUGGGAUUUUGUUCACUUUGGCUCAAGGGAAGCUCAUAACAGAUUAUGGUCCUAGGAUAGGGAACAUUUUCCUCUGCUUCUGGAUGUUUGUGGGCACCAUUUUAACCGCCUUAAUCAAGUCUGAUCUGAGAAGACACAACAUAAAUAUCGGCGUGACAAGUGCUGAGAUUAAAGCUGUGCCAGUUGACAGCCCCACAGAUCACAAGCCAAAGGUGAUCACCCUGUCUGAUCAGUCAGAAUCGUCAAUCUGAAGUGGAAGGGAGAGUACCAUGUGUGGCCUGGCAUGCGGCGUGAUGACCUGCGGGUAGAAGUGACCAGGAGGACUCCAUGGAGAAGUCAUAGGGGCGAACGGUUACUUGAAAAUUAUGAGCUCAGAAUAAAUAGUUAUUAUUUUGCUUAACUAUUUAAGUAAUAUUCUACCUAGAAUAUUUUUGCUUACAUCAUGUUAACACUACCAUUCCCUAAUUGGUGACCCGUCUUCAGUCGUGCAUCGUGCCUGUAAGAAUCUGUUGACUUUUUUUUUUUUGAGGUGCUGUGUGGUCCAGGCUGGCCUUGAAACUACUGUGAUCCUCUUGCCUCAGCUCCCAGGUGCUGGAGUUACAGGCUUCAGCACCGUACCUGCCACUUUUCCUUUAGAAGUAUUUUCUACCCGGGCGUGGUGGUGCACACCUGGAACCCCAACUACUCGGAAACUGAGGCCAGAGGAUCCUAAGUCUGAAGCCAGUUUGGGCAGCUUAGGGAGUCCCUCCCUGGCCCAGCGGAGCAGGCCUGGGGCCCCUACCUGUGUGCAGGAGCCCUGCCUUCAGUCCCCUGGGUUUGUUUUUUUUUUAAGAAAAUGGAGGUUUGGAGGAGUUUCUGUGGUGACGCAGUGGGGCCCGGUCCUGUGAGACCCAGAAAAGGGCAUGUGGUUUGUGUAUGACACCCCUCGUGGGACCAGGGCCAGCACCGCGACGGGUAACAGCACAGCGUGGGAGUCCUGCUACAGGCUCGGCAGCACUUGUGCCCUCGCAGGGCGGGCUCCGGGUCACUGUGCCAUUUGCUCCGUUCGUGUACUUCUUUCGCAAAGUGCUGUGUAGGAGACGCCGUGGCAGAGGCCACAGAAUCCGCGUCCUGUACCGUGGCCAGACGGGCUGUGGCCGUGGAACUGCAUCCGAACCAUGCGAGGGAGGGCACAUCAGUGUGCUGCCUCCCUCUGUGGAUCAAUGCUGACACGUAGUCUUCCGGUCCAGCUUGAAACAGAGGAGUUUUAUACCCAGUGUCAUUUUUUACUGCCGCCUUUUGUCAAGACGUAACUUUCUAGCAAAAAAUUCAAUGUAUAUUUUUUAUGGUCUCAUGAUGUGUUGUGUCAGGUCCUGCAAGGUUGCCUUGUUGCCUCGAAGAUCUGUGACUUCCCAUGACCUGGGUGUCUCCACUUAGUGGGGACCUUUGGAAACCCUGACUGUCCCGACGUGACUGUCACGCGGCACCUUCCUGUGACUGUGCUCCCUGGGAGGGUGCGCCCCAGCAGCCGCGGUUGGGUCCAAUCUGCAGCACUGUGCGGGGCUGCCCUGCCCAGUGCGCAGGCCCAGAGAGCAAGAUCCUGUGCACCCCACAGUGCCCGCCUCUGUGUCCUGUCAUAGAGAGAACCUCAGUGUCGCCCCAGGCUGUGGGGACUUGUCUUCACAGUUGUGAUGUUUGUGCCACCAUGGUAUUCAGUAUGUUAUGCGCACCAGAAACCCAGUCAGGUAACACACAUGUUCACGUGAAUAACGGUUUUCAGUGAAAUAUAUGCGCUGAUUAUCUGUAAUCUGCAAUCAAAUGGCUGUAAACUGUGUAGAAUCUGACCCUAAAGAAUGUAUUCUGCCACCAAAAGGGCCUACUAAGAAUCAGGAGCCCUAGUUCCAUGUUCUGGGUGUAUUUCUCUUAGUCAUUGUAACUCUGGACAAGUUAUUUACCCUUUCCAGGCAGGAUUUUCCUGAUCUCAGAGAUCUUUUUAUUUUUUUGUCUUUUCCAGACAGGGCCUCGCUAUGCAGUUCAGACUGGCCUUGAGUUCACUUUGUAGCCCAGGCUGGUUUUGAAUUUGCAACAAUCAUCCUACUGUAGCCUCCCCCAAGUACUGGGAUUAUAGGCAUGUUCUACCACGCCCAGCUCAUAGAUCUUUUUAUUAUGUUAAAUACCGUUCACUAUGGAGUAGACUAAAUCAGUGUACCACAGGAACUCAAAUAUAGGUAGGAAAAAUUCCCUGGACAGUUGAGUGAACAACUGUGAUUUUUAGUCUGUGAAUAGCAAGGAUUUCAGAUCUCCUUUUAGUCAGUCUGUAGAGGCUCAGACAGAGUAUGCUGCGUCGCUAGCUUCUCUUGAUAUUUACAUAAUGGAUUAAGUUGGACAAAAAUGUAUCUUAAGGUUCCUCCCAAAUAAUUAUGUUUACUGUUUAGAAUAAUCACAUGCUUACUGAGUUUGAGGUUUUAAACAAAUUACAGAUGAAAGUUGGAGUACUUUAUUUCUAAAACACAUACAUACAUGUUUUAUUUGCCCUUAUUUAAAAGGAAGUGAAAUGAGUGACCGAAUGUAAAAUGAAUUGAUAAUUUUCUGUACUUUUGUGUAAAUUAUGUCUAAUAAGAAUGUCAUAUAAUUGUAUGUUGUAACUUUCAAAAAUAGCAUAGGUGAUCAUCACUUGUAUGUGUUUUAAUCAGAUGCCUAAAGAAACCCUGGAUGCUUUCAGGAACUAUUGCAUUUAUAAAUGUUGCAAAUGUAGCUUUUGUUUUUCUGAGACUGUUAGAGAAGUCUUUUUGAACUGUCUGUGAAAAUACGUUCCUGUGUAUUAGCUGGACGAAUGCUUGGGUUAACCUUAUUCAUGUUCUCAUUUUGUUCUUUUUACAGUUUGUCCAUAUGCUUGUUCUUCAUUAUUUCAGACUUAAAAUAAAUUUAUUUUUUUAAUGCUAA